CUUCACAGCCCUUCACUCUUUAUCAUCUUCUCAUCCCGUCAUUUUCUGUCAGUAAUACGCAGACGCACUAUACGUACACAUACACACUUUCCAUCUUCUUCCUUCUUCUCCUAUGCUCCGAUAAUGGCGGUAACCGCCCUCGAACCUCUCCUCUACGUUUUCCUCGUUUCUCUCUACGUUUACGUCGUCUUCCUCCGCCGCCGCUCCAAAAGCUCCGCCGCUUUCGGUUUCAAAACCUACCCGAUCGUCGGUACCCUCCCCGAUUUCAUCCUUAACCGCCACCGCUUCCUCGAAUGGUCCACUGGGGUCCUCUCGCGCUGCCAGACCAAAACCGCCGUAUUCCACCGCCCGGGGAAGGUGCACGGCGUCAUCACGGCGAAUCCGCAAGUAGUCGAGCAUAUGCUGAAAACGAAUUUCGAGAAUUACCCCAAGGGCGAGCGAUUCCGGAUCCUGUUGCAGGAUCUGCUCGGGACGGGGAUUUUCAACGCCGACGGAGAGAUGUGGCGAUUCCAGAGGAAAACUGCUAGCUAUGAGUUCAAUACGAAAUCAUUGCGCAAUUUCGCCAUGGAAAACGUCACAUCGGAGCUCCGAAAUCGAUUGAUUCCUCUUCUCCAGAGCGCCGCGACGAGCGCUAGGGUUUUGGACGUACAGGACAUUCUGGAGCGAUUCGCGUUCGACAACAUCUGUAAACUCGCAUUCAACGUCGAUCCAGUCUCUUUAGGCGGAGGAGACGACAAAUUUGGGGAUGGAUUCAUGGAAGCAUUCGACGAAGCUGCAUCUCUCUCAUCAGGUAGAUUUAUGUACGCCAUUCCUAAACUAUACAUACUUAAGAAGCUCUUCAAUUUAGGAUCUGAGAAAAAGCUGCAGAAAUCGAUUGCUAGAGUCCAUGAAUAUGCUGAUAAGAUAAUAGCAAAUAGGUAUCAAAAGGUAGAAGAAGAUUCAGAACACGAAAUUGCUGACGAUCUAUUAUCCAGAUUCAUCCUUAGGAACGAAAAUUCACCUAAACAUCUUCGAGACAUUGUGAUUAGUUUCAUAUUAGCUGGUAGAGACACAACAUCCUCUGCUUUAUCAUGGUUCUUCUGGUUGCUAUCGAAUCAUCAAAAUGUUGAGGAAAGAAUCCUGCAAGAGCUAGAAACAAUCCGAAAAGCAGGUAACAAAUCCAUCGGCGACAUCUACACAUUCGAAGAACUGCACAAGAUGCAUUAUCUUCAGGCGGCGAUAACAGAGUCGAUGAGGCUGUAUCCGCCGGUUCCAGUGGACACAAAGGCUUGUAAGGGCGACGAUAUACUGCCGGACGGAACAGUUAUAAAGAAGGAUUGGUUCAUAUCAUACAACACAUAUGCAAUGGGCAGAAUGGAGAGCAUAUGGGGCGAGGAUUGCUGCGAGUACAGGCCGGAGAGGUGGAUCGAAAAUGGAGUUUGCCGGGGGGAAAGCGCAUUUAAGUAUCCGGUAUUUCACGCAGGGCCGAGGAUGUGUUUGGGGAAGGAGAUGGCUUACAUACAGAUGAAGUCGAUUGCUGCAUCUGUUCUUGAGAGAUUUGCAGUUGAAGUGAUGCUGGAGAAAGGUCAGUCCCCUCAAUACUUGCUGUCUUUAACUUUGAGAAUUAAGGGUGGAUUGCCUGUUAGAGUUAGGGAGAGGUAAUUUGGUAGAGAUAUAAUUUAAUUUGGGGUUUGCAUAAAAAUGAAUAUAAAUAUGAUAAUACAGGGAUAUUCAACAUA